AUGUCGGCGAGUGCAAGCCGCAAAAAUGGCAAACAAGCGUCUUGUGAGCCUUGCCGCAGAGGCAAAGUGCGCUGCGAUCACCACGUGCCCACCUGUGAUCGCUGCCGUCGUCGCAACAUGAGCAGCGAGUGCUAUUAUCAUCCUGCUCCUCUUACACGACCGUCGAAACGGAUGAGAUUGUCCUCAUUGGAGGAUGAUGCAGUAGAUACAGCAGGCACAGUCGGACAAGCGGGUUCGGUGGCUAUUAUCCCACCCCGCGAUGAUACCUGUGUAGAUGCUGGUGGGAGGCAGGCCGACCUCGAAACUCGGUUGCACUCAGUCCCUGAUGCGAAUGCAACGCCUCCUGCAACGCUGCCAUUGCUAUCGCUUCAAAGCCUCGAUGACACGAGUGCACGAUUUGUUCCAGCGACUGCGGUAUACGACGACCGCGGCAAUGAAACACUGGAGGGAGACUUGCUUUCUAUAAUACAAAUCCUAGAGCUCCUUGAACACUCUGGAAUUAUCAGGAAGCUCGUCUUGGAAUACUAUCGUUUGGGUCAGAUCGCUGUCGUGCCAAGCCAACUCGUGCUGCCUGUCCUGUCCGACCUUGAACAACUCCAUGAGAACAUUCUGCAUCAACGAGCGAUGAGUGAUGAUGCCGCUUGUAGAAGCACUCUACGGGGGGUAGCUCAAACGAUUUUGCAUGCUACGAAAUCGAAAAGUCCCAUCACCUCAGCCACUCCCCUGGCCGAGUUCAGAGGCUUCUACAGCGGUCCAAAUCUGCGAGUGGAAACCAUUGGUUUGAUCUUCACCAUGGCGGCUCGUGCUUCUCGUCUAGGACUUACUGCGGAUACUGGAGAUAAUCACUAUUUUGUCCAAGCCAUGUUCCAGUGCAGUGCACGAUGCUUGCACCUCGCCCGAGAAUUAGCGACGGAGAUGAGUGAUGUGAUGGUGUGGUUGUCGUACGAGAACUUGCGUCUGACUACGAGUAUCCAAGGCUAUGCCGGUCCCAAUGUUUGGCGUCGACUUGGUGAUCUGUCCACUGAUAUUUUCGCCCUGGAGAUACAUCGAGAGGCGAUCAUUACAAAAGCUCCUUUCUUUCUUGCCGAAUGUCGUAGAAGGGUCUUCACGGCUGCAUUCCAUUGGGACAAGUUUCUCGCCACACUUUUCGGUCGCCCGCCGCGGAUUCCUAGCUACUAUGCUGAUUGUCGACCGCCACUUGAACUUACUGAUGAUCAGCUCUGUCUGACUGGACUCAGCGAAGAAGAGCGGGCGUCAUACGAACGAUAUGAGGGAUGGUCAACUGGAAGCUCUUCUUGCAGUACUACUUGGAUUCGAGCGCUGUAUCUCCUUGCGAAAUUCAAGGAUGAAACACUUUUGCACCACCAUAAACCUGUUGAUGACGAGACAAGAUCAAAGUUAGAGUCAGUACGGUCCUAUCCGCUUCGAUCCUCAGAACUAGCAAACCGAUGCAAGCAAACGUGGGACCAUCUCCCCAGCCGUGUCCAUUACGACUCUGCAUGUUGGAAGUCCGAUCUGGCGCCCAUAUCAUGUCUGAGAUUAGCAGAAGUUUAUCUCACCUACUUGCAGACACUAUUUCACAUCUAUCGCUUGAUGGAAAAGCCUGGUGGGAACUACUCAUCGGAACUGGUACAGACCUGCUCGAGUAUAAUCGAGACGACUCUCCAGAUUGGUGGAUUCCACGACCAAGCUGUUUAUCAUUUACACAACAGCUUCAGGGCUAGUAUUGUUCUGUGCUACGGUUUGCCAAGUGCAAUUACUCUCAUGAAUGCGCUGAAGACUGCAAAGAGAACUAUGCAUCGGACGCGAUUCGCCGACUUGGUGCGCCUCGUGUCAAUACGACGUCUUUCAGUAUUCGUGACUUUUCUGGAGGGUGUAUAUCGUCCAGAAAAUGCAAAUUACGCACUUUGCAUCAAAGCUUCGGGACUUAUAUCCAGUGCUUUGGAUGGAAUUAUCGAGUAUCUGCUGUUACUCGCCGCCAAUGACACGAUACUUCAACCAGAUCCUGGACUCACAGGCAACUUCGCAACUGGAACGCAACAUCCAAUAUCGAGUGAUGGUAUGGCAGCAAUGGGGAAUGCCGACAAUGACUCGCUAGGAGAUCUGAAUCUGCUCGACUGGGAUACGACCAGUUUCAUGGACAUGAAUAAUUGGAUGGAAAGUAUUGAUUGGACGAAUGCAAGUGGCGGAGUAUAG